AUGGAAUUAUCAGAUAAUUUCAAUCCAAGUAUUCCAGAUCGUCAAAUAUGCUUCCCUACUUCUGCCAAUACAUUAAAACCAUAUGUUGGACAGCUGCAUAAUACACUCGAUGAAGGUGUUAAGUUUUAUAAAGCAUAUGCUGCCGCAUGUGGUUUCCAGUGUCGGAUGAGUACUAUUAUAUAUGCUGCAGAUGGCACUAUUCGACUCAGAUAUGUUUUAUGCAAUAGAGAAGGAGUGUGGGACAAGGUCGAUGGGACACUAAAUGAACAUGGGAAUCCUUUGAAAAAGAAACGGAAGACAACAUCUUCCCGGUGCGAUUGUAUGGCUAGAGCCAUCUUUGAAGUUGUGGAUGGUGGUCGCUACAAGAUUCGUAGGUUCAAUGAAGGGCACACGCAUUCAAUGGUGCCGGCCCAUACUCGUCAUCUGAUGACCGGCAACAGGAAAGUCGGAGAACUGGAGCAACUAUUCAUAAUUUCGGGCGUCAAGGCAAACAUUGGGGCUAUGCGUACUUUUCGUUUGUAUAGGGAACUCAUAGGCAGUUACGAAGCAGUGGGGUGCACCACUGAUGACUUCAAGAAUUAUGUCAGGGAUCUCAAAGGUCAUUCAUUAGAUUCGGAUGCCAAAAUGUUGUUGGAUGCACUUACAAAUAAACAGGAAUUGGGAGAUGGGUUCAAAUUCAUUUGCGACGUAGACGAAGAAAAAAAAAUGCGUCGAUUGAUAUGGACUGACGAAACUGCCGUGAAUAACUACAAAAUUUAUGGAGAGGCGGUAUCAUUCGACGCCACAUAUCACACAAACAAGUACCAAAUGAUUUUCACUCCUUUUACUGGGAGAGACAAUCACGGAAAAUGUAUUUCGUUUGGUGCAGCCCUUAUAUCUCGCGAAGACACGGAAUCCUAUUCUUGGGUGCUUGAUAAAUUUUAUGAGAUUAUGGGCCGUGCACCCCGUGUACUGAUAACAGAUCAAGACCCAGCUCUAAGAAAGGCCGUGGCAUCUACAUGGAAAGAGACGCGACAUAGGUUUUGCAUGUGGCACAUAACUAUUAAGGUUGCGGAGAAAUUGCCAUCAAGGCUGGCAAAGGACCCUGAUUUCAAGGCAAAUUUUGGCAGAAUUGUGUGGGCCGAAGACAAAGAUCCUGAAGUGUUCGAGGAAGAUUGGAACAAUAUGAUCGAUGAAUACGACCUUGGUGGAAACAAGUGGUUUUCAGACAUGUAUGAAGACAGAGCUUUCUGGAUACCUGCAUAUUUCAAAGACAUUCCCAUGAGCGGUCUAUUCCGAACCACUUCAUUUUCAGAGAGUGAGAACAGUUUUUUCAAGCGUUUUCUCAACAAGAAUGCUGAUCUCGUAUUGCUUUAUACGAAUUAUUGCAUGGCUCUUGAUUCUCAGCGCAAUAACUUCAAGAAGAUAACUUAUGCAGAUGAGACUCGUUCCCCUAGUAUGCUGUAUGCGCUCCCCAUUGAGAAACAUGCAUCUCAGGUAUACACGAACUCCAUUUUUAAGUGUGUUCAGGAUGAGAUAGGUUUCUCGAUCCGUGGGUGCAGCAUUCGCAAGAUGUAUUUAGAAGAUGAUGACAACGUGUUUGUCAUUGAGGAUAACCUAGAUGGUGUUUUUACAGUUCGUCAUGUGACCGAACACGACGACGUGUCGUGUAGCUGCAACAUGUUUAACAGAAAAGGAUUGGUGUGCAAACAUAUGUUCCACGUGUUCACAAAUAUGAGGAUUCACAAAAUCCCUGAAAAAUACAUUAUUAGACGUUGGUGCAAGUUUAGCAUAAUAUUCCCAGAAGAAGCACAAAGUGAACAGUCUAAAGAUUAUGUUCAACCUUCAGCUAAAGGAGACUUUCGUUUCUUCAAGGUCGUUGCGGAUAGCCUUGGGUAUGUGAGAUGCAACAAUGAGCUAAGUGAGCAGUUGUUCUCUGCACUCACUGAAGUUAAAGACAAGUUCUGCAAGCUUGGAUCGCUGGAGCAUCCAUCGGCAUCCAAAAAAAGGAUGUUCUUGGAUUUCUAUGGGUCUGCUCCGUCCGAAUCACCCUCGGUGCUGCCACCUAACAUAUCCAAGACAAAAGGGAGUGGUGCGGGCGGCCGCAGGAAAUCAGAGCAAGAAAAAGCUAUGUUACUUGCCAAAAAACCAAUGCGCCUAUGUAGAAAAUGCAAUACCUUGGGUCAUCAUGAUUCUAGGAAUUGUCCAACAAAAGAGGACGCAUAA